AUGCCCGGAAACCCUGGUUCUCGCUUUUCCGCUGUUCCUCCUGCGACUCCUCCUCCCGCUGCGUCUACCACGACCGCCCCGAUCCAGGCCUCCCUGACCAGAACACAAUUCGAACCGGUCACAGCCCACACCGCAAAGUGCGACCUGUGCAACACCAGAAACGACUCGGGCAUGUCCCGGUGCUCAUCCUGCGGCUGGCAAUCCUGCCAUGCCUGUACUAUUAAGAAUGGCUGUACCAGGACGCAUAAUGCUGGAAGUCGUGUGCACACUGGCCCGAUUGACCAGAACGAGCUUGUCGAGUCGAAUAACUCGCCUAAGGGCAAAAAGAAGAAGGGAAAAGGUAGCAGCAAAGUCCAGAAGACCCAGAAGGGCCCGGCAAGACGCGGACGCGGACGGGAGCAAGCACAGACACCUCGCACCCAGCCCCCGACCCAGAGGGAACAGGGACAGGGUACUCGUAGGGCUUGCACUGCCAGUCCCAGCGCCAGUCCCAGCGCCAGUCCCAGCCCCGACGCCGCCGUCUCUCCCCCUCCUUUCCCUUCCACUAACUCUAACGGCCGCCAGUCUGCUAUUGCUCCUCUUCUCGACGACGAGGCCUUCUCACCGUCCACCUUCACCGCUAACACCGACACCGACGAGGCCGAAGUCGGGACGGACAAGGACCUAGCAGGAGCCAGGAACUUGUACGCCUUCAGCCUCGAGGCGCACGGGGCGUGGAUACAGGAGAAGCGAGAGAAGGACCCGGCGAGGAUGUGGUACUAUCAGGCGUAUGGACUUGGCGAUAUUCAUGGAUAUGCGCAGGAACAGGCGGCUAGGGCUGUGGAGGAGUUUAUGAAGAGGGAAGGGGUUGUGGGGGGUGAUGGUGGAAGGGUAGGGUUGUUUUGA